UAGCAAUGGAACCUUCCCAGGGUCCGCAUUUGGUCCGGCUGUAUGUGUAUGACCUGUCCCGCGGCAUGGCUCGCCGGCUCAGUCCUGUCAUGCUCGGAAAACAGUUGGAAGGAAUCUGGCACACUUCUAUCAUAGUAUUUGAUGAAGAAUUCUUCUAUGGUGGCGGGGGAAUCACCAGCUGUUUGCCAGGGGGAACAAUGUUGGGUGAACCUGACUCAGUGGUGGAGCUUGGCAACACUGAGGUUACAGAAGAGAUUUUCCUAGAAUAUCUAUCUUCCCUGGGGGAGUCAGGGUUCAGUGGGGAGUCGUACCACCUGUUCGAUCACAACUGCAACACUUUCAGCAAUGAAGUGGCUCAGUUCUUGACUGGAAAAAAAAUUCCUUCAUACAUAACAGAGCUGCCAUCUGAGGUUUUGUCCACACCCUUUGGGCAAGCUCUCCGGCCUUUACUGGAUUCUGUCCAAAUCCAGCCUUCUGGUGGGAACAACUUUAACAGGCACAGCGGACCUAGUUAAUUAGUACAGUGCCAUGUGCCAGUGGGGGCAGUGCCCUCACUUUUUAACUUAACAGCAUUUUCUAGUAUCUGUUUUUGAUCAUAAGUGUUUCAUUUGUUCCAUUUCCUAGAGAUCAGGACAUAGAGCCAUACAGACAACUCUUUUUAUUACUUAUAUCCCAUCAUUUAAAAUAAUUAUUUUAAAGGUGUACUGUAACAUACUAAAUUAUAUAUAGAAAUCAAAAAAUAUCCCAUCUUCUGAGGGUAUUAUUUUUAUAUGUAUUGGUUAAAUACAGAUUACUUGUCACUAAAAUGGAACACAGCUUUGCAGCUGUUGAUUGUGGUUACUGGAGUUGACAUUAGCUGUUCCAGUAGCGGCUACUGAACAAAGGGUGCCAUAUUCUGGAGCAAGUUUUUUUCCCAGUAGUCAGCAGAUUUUCUGGGCAUUCCCUUUCCUACAUGCGUUUGAACUGACUUUGUCAAUGGAUUAUUGGGUGGUGUAGCCUGACUUUUUGGCUUACCUACUUAAGUAGAGCCACUAUCUGUAAUCAUGGGGCCCUAUAUUACUAAGUAAGCAAGGGGCCCCAAUUAUUAGUAGUCUGGUUACCUGGGCCCCAUAAGUGGUGAGCCCUGCAAACAAGUAAAAUGGGACCUCAAUGAAAAAUAUCCCUUGAAUGCACAACCAUGCCCCUGAUCUGCCACAGCCAACUGUUCAGAAACCCACAGAUCACAGAUUUCAGGACCCCUUCUGCCAUGGGGUCUCUGACAGCUGUACCCCCCCCCCAGAUGCCUGUGCACUAGUGCCUGCUUUAAGAAAAGUGAUAGUCUGAGGGUUCUCUGCAAAGCUGACACGAUAGGAUCCUGUACUUUACUUGCUUGCAGCAGUGGGGCACCCUAGUACUCUGCAGCACAUUGAUAAAUGAGUCCUGCUGUGUCUUAACUCUCCAGAUCUUAUCUUUAUGUUGUGCACAGCACUUCUGAACUUUACCCCUUCCCGCAGAGUCAAAACAAAAGAUAUGUGACAACAACAACUCUUCAGAAUGUUGUACUACAGGUCCCUGGGGGGGUUUAUUUCUUUGCAUGUUAACGUUUUACUCAUUUUAUCAGUUUUUCAAGGACACCUGGUUAAUGUGUUAGUGGCAAGAAACAAUUGUAUGACCUGAUUCUUUUUAGUCAAAGGGCCACAAAAACUAAACAGUUGCUCCAACAAUGAUGCAAAUGAUUCAACAAUGAUCCAAAAAUGCAUUGUAAAGUAUUCAAAGAUGUGUAUGUAAAAGUCCCAUAACCUUCAGAGAAAUUACGCUGUUUGUCGCUCUGCCAUCUUAGUAUCUGCUUAACUGCCUGUAAUUGCCAUCUCUUUUCAGUUACUUUAAACUGUAAGAGUCUCAUGACAUGGACAAGCUAGCCUGAUGUGUGCAGCAUGGGAGAUUUGGCCACACUCUGUAUGGCUAAAUUGCACUGACCCAUGCCAAGGCAAACAGGAAAGAAGAGCAGCCCCUGGCUGCCAGGAAACACCAGGAGGCAUAGGCAGACAAGAAAUUCUGUCAGUAUAGACCAGCUGUAACCCAGUGUCUUAAAAACUCCUCCUACAAGGAGCAAUGGCCAGAUAAUGUGCCAUCACUCUAUAUAUAAACAAUUUUAGAAGCUUGAAAAUCAUGUUCACUAAUGCAAACCCUCUAUAAAAGUGACCAGUUCUGAUGAGCUCCUGAUACCUUUGUUCAUGUAAUUGUUAAUGUUCAUGUAAUUGGUAAUGUGUCAUUUAUGAAGGGCUAUGUGCAAGUGCAGGAGUAAAAAUGACCACUAAACAGCUGCCCACAGAUCCUUUUGCAUGCUCUGUAGCUUGUGCUGGAUCUGGUGUAAGACACAGAGCACAGUCCUAAGAGCCAUGUAUGUAAUGCCUGCCAAAUCAUGUUUUUGUACAGGGCUUCCAAACAUCUAUGUCCCCCCAACCCUUGUGGCUUGCACAUUCCUAUUGAUGUUUUGUGCCUCUCACCUACACAAUAGGUCAAAAGCAGGGCUGUGGAGUCGGAGUCGAGGAGUCGAAGGCAAUUUUGGGUACCUGGAGUCGGAGUCGGCAAAAAAUGAACCAACUCCUACAAAAUUUAAAUGGGAAUAAAAAAAAAA